AGCAGAGCACCCCCACCACUCGCCUCCACCGCACGCAAGCAGACGUCCCACCGUCCCCAUGGCCACCAUGGCUUCCACCGCCACCGCUGCUGCUUCUCUCCGCCUCGCCUUCCCUCUCCUCUCCGCGCCGGCUUCCUCCUCGUCGUACUCCAAUACCCUUCGCUUCCCUCUCCGCCGCCGCAGCUCCUGCCGCCCCCUCGCCGUCGCCGCCUUCAAGAAGCUCUCCGAGGCGUCCCCCGUGCCCAUCCCUCAGGAGCCCACCCAACCCCUCCUGGUCGACGAAGACGCCCUGCCUCCUAAGGCCGGGGUCUACGGCGUCUACGACGCCGCCGGCGAGCUGCAGUUCGUCGGGAUUUCGCGCAACGUGAGGGCCAGCGUCGAGGGCCACCGCCGGAAGGUCCCCGCCAACCUCUGCGCCUCCGUCAAGGUCGCAGUAUCAGAUGAGGAGGCACCAGAUCGAUCUGCCCUUAACAAUGCCUGGAAAUCAUGGAUGGAAGAACACAUAGCGGCCACGGGCAAGGCGCCACCAGGGAACGUUGCAGGAAACCACACCUGGGUUGGUGCCCCCCAGCGGCCCCCGGACCUGCGUCUGACGCCUGGACGCCACGUCCAGCUGACGGUUCCGCUGGAGCAGCUGAUAGACCGGCUGGUGAAGGAGAACAGGGUGGUGGCCUUCAUCAAAGGAUCAAGGAGCGCUCCCCAGUGCGGGUUCUCGCAGAGGGUGGUGGGUAUCCUGGAAGCGCACGCCGCGGAUUUCGUGACCGUGGAUGUGCUCGACGAGGAGCACAACCACGGGCUGAGAGAAACCCUCAAGGCUUACAGCAGCUGGCCGACGUUCCCUCAGGUCUUCGUCGGAGGGGAGCUCGUGGGAGGCUGCGAUAUCAUUUCGUCCAUGGCUGAGAGAGGGGAGCUUGCCGCCCUAUUGAUUCAGAAAUGAAGACUUGAUUUAGUACAGCGACUUGGAAUAAAUGUUUGCUUCCAUGGGUGACUGAUCCGUUGCUUGCACACGUAGCAUGCCAUCCAAGUUGGUAUCUGUGGCUUUCGGCAAGGAAAGAAAGAAACCGUUGCUCUGCGUCUGGACAGUCCGGUAUCGAUUUAAUUAUAUAUAUAUAUAUAUAUAUAUAUAUAUAUAUAUAUUUAUAUACUUAUUAGAAUAAAAUUAAAACAUGUGCAUGCAAAUGUCAGCAGUGUACGAUGGACGUGGUACGUCCCAAAUUGAAAAGCAAAGCAUGUGGUGUGGUGUGGGUGGUUG